GGGAAGUAGCAGAAACAGGAAACUCAACGUUUUAGUCAAGUUAUGACCCAAACUGAGGAGCAGUGAACAGACAGAGAGCCAGCAGACAAAAGCAAACCGCAACAUGGAUUCACAACCGCCUGGUCGGCCUUUCUUCGCGACUAUUUGGACAUUUGUCUUUUUCCUCCAGUGUGUGAGCUCGGACACAGCAACUUUCUCCCAACAGCGUUGUCCAUGAAGUCCCGUGUGUUUGUGGCCUUGAAGGGUGAAGACCUCACUAUUGAGUGUCGUGUGACGAAACCGGCGAACCAAAGCGAAGACAUGCUGGAGUGCUUCGAUCCCACUGACAAACUAAUAAUCAGCCGCUCCAUCGCUUCAACUGCUGGCAAACCAUUGAGCCAAGACCUGGCGCCGAGGCUGCAGCACCUGAGCGUUUCGGGAGAAUAUUACUGCAAAUAUCGCACAGCUGCCGUGUACUGGUAUGUCCGCGUGAGAGACGAGGGUUUUAAAAUGCCCCACGUACAGGACUCCACAGAAUACACCGUGGUCGGCGCUGUCACGGCUGCGCUGCUGCUUUUCAGCGUUGUCGGGUCUGUGUACGUCUUCAGAGGACAUUGGAUCACUAAAUGCAGACAGACUGACAAAAAUGAAAAAGAGAACAAAGAAGUUAUGAAAAAAAGAAGAGGGAUGACUGAGAACACUGCUGCACUUCCAGACUCUUCUGCAUCUUUCUAUGCUAGUCUAGAGCCUCGGACCAGGUCCAUUUAUGAUGAGCUGCGCCCCUCAGCUGCCAGCAACAGCGCAGGCCAGCAGAGGGCUAAACCCAAGAAAAGGGAACCACACCAAACAAAUCAGCAGAGCAGACAAGAGGAAGGCCAGUUUGACUCCGUCUAUGAAAACUACUGAGUCAAACAUCAGGAGAUAUGUUCAUUACAUCGUCAAAUAAGAUUUCUCUUUAUUUUGUUGUAUCGUCCUUAUCUGUUAACACCAGUACAAAAGUCUGAAGAUGUGAUUGUUUAAAAAGCCUUUUCACUGUUUGAACUUACGAUAAUAAAGUAAUGCAAUCAUCCAAAGUUUUACAAAAGCACAUAAAGGGAACACAAUAAGAAAUAUAUCAGUCAGGGAUUUUUGUCACGUCCAAACAUAAACUGUAAACUAAUGAAAUUACUGGGCUACAAUGUUCCAGUGGACUCCAGUGUUCCAGUGGAUUGUAAUUUCAUUAAAUAUGCUAUACAGCAGGAAAUAGUACAUGAAAAUAAAGGUAUGAAUUAUAAAACAA